AUGCCUACACAAGCUCAAGAGGACGCUCUCAAAUCCUUCCAACAGGUUCUGCCACCCACUGUGUCACAGGGAGAGGCGACAGAAUUUUACAAGGGGCGCGAUGAACUUGCAUACGCCAUCUCAAGAUUACCACUGGGUGAAGCUCGUGCAUUGAAGGUGAUCUGCGUUGGUGCAGGUUUCAGUGGCUUGGCGUUCGCGCGUGAGGUCGAACUUGGCAACCUUCCUAACGUGAGCCUCACGGUAUACGAAAAGAAUGCCUCAGUUGGAGGAACUUGGUAUGAGAACAGAUACCCCGGAUGCGCCUGUGAUAUCCCUGUGCACAACUACCAGUACUCUUGGGCCCCAUGUCCUUACUUCAAAAGCUACUAUGCUACCGGAAAAGACAUCCACACCUACAUUGAAGCGGUUGCUGAUCAACACAAUCUGCGAAAAUAUGUGAAGGUCUCUCACAAAAUCAUCGGUGCCAAGUGGAUUGAAGAGAAGCAGAAAUGGCAAGUGAAGAUUGUCGCGACCGACGGCAGAGAGUUGAUGGUCAGCAACCGAGUCAACAAGGACGGAGAAUCUGGAGAGCCUUUCAUUGAAGAAUGUGACGUUCUGAUCAACGCAGGAGGAUGCUUCAAUGACUGGAAGUGGCCUACCAUUCCUGGAAGAGAAACCUUUAAGGGUGAGAUGAUUCAUUCUGCUGCUUGGCCAAAGACCGCCAAUCUCAAGGGCAAGACUGUCGCUUUGAUUGGUAACGGCAGUACCGGUGUCCAAAUUCUACCUAAUAUCCUCGACGAUGUGGAGAAGGUUUAUGUCUACAUUCGUAGUAAGACAUGGGUAACGGCUAGCUUCGCUCAGAAGUUUGCUGGUCCCAAUGGCGCAAAUGUUUUCUUUACAGAGGAACAAAAGAAGCACUGGGCCACACACCCCGAGGAGUAUCUUCAGUAUCGGAAGGAGGUUGAGUCGGAGCUGAAUUCUCGUUUCCGCCUCUAUCUCAAAGAUUCAGACGCUCAAAAGGAAGCCCUUAGAUACUCCACCUCUCAGAUGAAUGAGAAGCUCUCUGCCAAGCCAGAAAUCAGCCAAAAGUUGGUUCCAGAUUUCGCCGUUGGCUGUCGCCGCACAACACCAGGAAACGGUUAUCUUGAGGCUCUCUGCUCGCCCAAGGUUGAAGUCAUCUGGGGAGGCAUCACCUCUUUCAAUGAGACUGGUCUUCUAGCAGACAACGGUGAACAACGAGACGUUGACACGAUCAUCUGUGCCACCGGUUUCAACAUGUCUUUCUCGCCUCGCUACCCUGUCAUCGGUCGCAAUAACAUCAACCUGCAGGAGAAAUGGGAUGAUAACCCUGAGUGCUAUCUCUCAGUCACUGCUGCUGAUAUGCCCAACUACUUCAUCUACCUUGGUCCAGGCAGUCCCCUUGGGCACGGCAGCGUGGUCAGCUCUCUUGAGCGCGUGACGGAGUACAUUGCCAAAUUUGUCCGCAAACUUCAAACAGAGAACUAUAGCUCUGUUGUGCCAAAGCCGCAUAUCCCUCGUGCGUAUCAACGCCAAGCUCUAGCCUGGCUGGAGAAGACUGCCUGGAAUUCCAACUGUGCAUCGACAUACAAGAAUGGCAAGCCAGAGGGUCCUUUGAUCUCGCUUCAUCCCGGCUCAAGAUUGCACUACUUCCAGCUUUUGAGCCACCCUCGCUGGGAGGACUUUGACUGGGAGAGUCUAUGCGAAGGUGAAGAUCUAACCUUUGCCUGGCUAGGUAAUGGAUUUAUCGCCGAUGAGUGUAAAGAAAAGUCAGACAAGGAUCUGACAUGGUUCAUUCCUUCAGUUGCGGCCGAGAAGAUGAUUACAGCAAAGUUUUAA